AGUAGGACACAUACCGGGGAGAAGCCAUAUAAAUGCAUAGAGUGUGGAAAAUGCUUUUCUGUCUCUAGUAGUCUUACCCGCCAUAAAAAGACUCACACAGGGGAGAAGCCUUAUAAAUGCAUUGAAUGUGGAAAGUGUUUUUCUACGAAGAAUUAUCUUAACACCCAUAAAAGGAUCCACACAGGGGAGAAGCCAUAUAAAUGUAUGGUGUGUGGAAAAGGUUUUAUUAUGAAUAGUUAUCUUAACCUUCAUAAAAGGACCACACAGUGUAAAAGCCCUAUAAAUCUGUGAAAUAUGGAAACAUCUUCAAGAGGAGCAAUGGGCGAAUGUUCCAUAUACAGAUACAUUUGGGUGAUAAUCUGUUUAACUGUUAGGUUUAGUUGUUGAAAUAUAUGCAUUUCCUAAUUA